GGCGCCUUGGACGGUGGGCGGUGCUUCACGGAGGCGUAGGGAAGCCAUGGCGGCGGACGAGGGUGAGUUGAACCUUCUGGUGAUCGUAGUUGACACCAACCCGAUUUGGUGGGGGAAGCAAGCAUUAAAGGAAUCUCAGUUUACUUUAUCCAAAUGCAUGGAUGCAGUGAUGGUGCUGGCGAAUUCCCACCUGUUCAUGAACCGCUCCAACCAGCUGGCUGUCAUCGCCAGUCACGUUCAGGAAAGCCGGUUCUUAUACCCGGGGAAGAACGGCAGACUUGGAGACUUCUUCGGAGACCCUGGCAACGCCCUCCCUGACUGUAAUCCCUCUGGGAGUAAAGACGGCAAAUACGAGCUGUUGACAGCCGCCAAUGAGGUGAUCGCCGAGGAGGUCAAGGACCUGAUGACCAAGAGUGACAUCAAGGGCCAGCAUACGGAGACACUACUGGCAGGAUCCCUGGCCAAAGCUCUGUGCUACAUUCACAGAGUGAACAAGACAGUUAAAGAUAAUCAGGAGAUGAAAUCAAGGAUUUUGGUGAUCAAGGCGGCGGAGGACAGCGCACUGCAGUACAUGAACUUCAUGAACGUCAUCUUUGCUGCUCAGAAGCAGAAUAUCCUCAUUGACGCCUGCGUGCUGGACUCGGAUUCAGGGCUCCUCCAGCAGGCUUGUGACAUCACUGGGGGACUAUACCUGAAGGUGCCUCAGAUGGCCUCUCUCCUGCAGUACUUACUGUGGGUUUUUCUUCCGGACCAAGAUCAGCGGUCUCAGCUAAUCCUCCCGCCACCGAUCCACGUGGACUACAGGGCCGCCUGCUUCUGUCAUCGCAGUCUCAUUGAGAUUGGCUAUGUCUGCUCUGUGUGUCUGUCUAUUUUCUGCAAUUUCAGCCCCAUCUGCACCACAUGCGAGACAGCUUUUAAGAUCUCCCUCCCUCCUGUGCUGAAGGCCAAGAAGAAGAAACAGAAGGUGUCCCUGUGACCAGCGUCACAGGCUUCCGCAGCUCUUCCCAUAGGCUGACUCUGUAGCGAGCACAGAGGAAUUCUUUGAAACACUGCUCUUGUCCUGUGCUUCCAGGGUGUGAAGCUGCAGAGGACCCACACCUCUGAUUUAUCUGGGAAGGGGGACAGGCGUUUUUGUUUGUUGUUGUAGGGUAGCAGUUGCCUGGCAGAUGUUAAGCUGGUGCUGUUUUGUUAGCUGUCGCUUUGAUUUUGGGUGCUGGGUUUUGAACCCCAGCCUUGCGGGAGCCAGGCCGGCAGCCCAGCACUGAGCUGCAGUCAGCUCCCUGGGAUUUUGUUUUCAGAUGAUCCUCUGUCAACGCUUAUGGCGGAUGCUGGGUCUUUUGUACUUCAGGAUUGGCAGUGUGUGAAGUUGGAUGCCGUUUGGGAACAUGACCAGCAUUGGGUCGUGGCAUCAGUCAUAACAGAGCAUCUUAGUUGCUCGUGGUACACCGCUAGAAUCUUGAACUUGGGAGGCGGAGACAGGAAGGUUUUGGGUUCAGAUCCUGCCUGGGCUAUGUAUAAGAUCCUGGCUUUAUUUUUUUAGAACAUUUUUUCUUCAAAUAAAUUGUUUCCUUUAACUAUAUUCAAAUGUAACCUGACCUAAAGGCAUAGCCUUCAAUCUCAGAACUCAGGGAGCAGAAAUAAGUGUAUCUCUGAGUUUGAGGCCAGCCUGGUCUACAUAGUGAGUUCAAACCAACCAGGGUUGCAUCUUGCCACCUUGUUUACAAAAAUGUAAAAACCAGUAACAUUAACAUUGGAGAACUGUUGAAUACUAGACAUGUAAAUGAGAAACAUUUGUAACCUCAACAAUAAAAAUCUUAUUUUUAUAUUUA